GCUGCUUCAGCGAGCUCGAACAAGAGGCCAUGUCGCCUUCCUCCUCGUCUCUGCUGAAUCCUCAAGCUUACAAAAUCCUCUAUCCUCUUCCCAUUUUCCCUUCCUCUGCUUCUCAACCCAAUUUUUGUUCUUUUCGGAUUGUGAAAUUUCCGAGGAAGCUUCCUUCUCCGCGACUAGCUUUUCAGUCCUCCGAUGAGGCACCGGUUGACGACUUGGAAGAACAUGUUAUUGGCGAUUGUGUUGUCUUCGAAGACGGCAUAUUCGAAGACCCAGUUCUUCAUGAAAACUUGAGCAUAGAUGAUUCCGGCUCAGAAAAUUCCAAGCCUAAAUCGAAGAAAAAUGUCCCGGAGAUUGCACCUGAGAAUUUGGUCCCCGACCGAUGGAGGGAAGCUCAGGCGGAGAUCAACAUCACGAAGAAAGAGAGGCGCAAGAUUGCUCAGGAAAUUGAAUUCAAUAGCAGGGUCGAGAAGAAGAAACAAGGGAUGAUUCCCCUGAGGCAUAUGAACCUGGAAGGAUAUAAGGCGUACAAGGAGGCCAAAUUGGCUCAGCUGAAGCCCUUGGUUCUUGACAGCCCUUCAAGUUUUCCGGUGAAGGAGGAGGUUCCCGCUGGAAGAGAAUUUGGUGUGACUAAUGAGUCUGCUAGUGAACGCGUAAAGCCUAAGAAUCCUAGGUGGGCAGUUUACGGCAGGGGUUUGGAGGACGUUUCAGAGUUUUUCAAUAGUGAGAUGUACGACCCUACCAAAAAGAAUACCGAAGGUCAAGGCCGUCGUAAGUUGUUUACGAAGGAGGAGAAGGCUUUAUUGAAUAAGCGGAUUCCAAAUUUGGCGGCCGCUACUUCUGAGAAAUGGCUGCCUCUGCACACUCUUGCUGCAUCCGGAGAAUUUUACCUUGUAGAUUCUUUGUUGAAACAUAAUGUUGAUAUCAAUGCUGUUGAUAAGGAUGGUUUGACUGCUCUUCACAAGGCCAUAAUUGGUAAAAAGCAGGCCAUAACCAACUACCUUCUGAGAAAUUCAGCCAAUCCAUUCAUACUUGAUAAAGAGGGGGCAACCUUGAUGCAUUAUGCUGUACAGACGGCUUCCAGCCAGACGAUUAAAAUCCUUCUACUAUAUAAUGUUGAUAUAAAUCUUCAGGACAAUGAUGGGUGGACACCCUUACAUGUCGCUGUUCAAGCCCGAAGAACGGAUGUAGUGAGGCUUCUACUUAUUAAAGGUGCUGACAAGACAAUAAAAAACAAGGAUGGUUUAACUCCACUUGACCUUUGCCUACAUUCUGGUCAAGACUUGAGGACAUAUGAGCUAAUCAAGCUGUUGAAGCAGCUUCCAAGGCGUUAGAAUGAGAUAAGAGAAAGGGCUCGAAAACAAUACAAAUGCUCGUCAGAUUUGAGGAAACAGACCAAAAGUGAGCUUUGUCAAGUUUUGCACGACAGUGAACAUCACUCCGAUUUGUACAUUAUGUGAUAAUGAGCCAAUAGAAGUAUUAAUAUCAACUCGACAGAUUAAAAGUGAUGCGCCUACGGAAGCCUACGUUUUGAGGCUCCAUAGUCCAUAGAAUGAAGAGAAUUUGUACCCACAAUGUACGGCAUAUAGUGGCUUCUAAUAUACGAGUUUGAAGAGUAAAAUGCUGUUAUUGUGCGAUGGCAUGGACAGUUUAUCGUCUGAUAUUUAACCCUUCUCAUUGAUUCUAUUUUAAUUAUUUUUCUAUUCAUGAUUUA